AUGGCGUCUAAUAGCGCCCCUGCGCCCUGGCAAGUUGGAGCGCCUGCAUCGUUGGAACCAGAUGCGCGGUAUUCACUAGAGCGUCUUCAUGCAGCUUCUCUUUCGCUCUACAAUUGCGUGGGAGAAUUGCUAAACGUACCCGGCUCUGUGCACCGUGCCGACGAUCUGUAUGCCAUCCUUCCCAUCGUGUCUGAGAUCAAUCAGGAGGUUCGGACGCUGAUUCCCUCACACGACACUCGCAGUGGCCGUGAGGCCGUAGAUAUGACACCCUACUAUCCCUGGAUGCCCAGUGGGAGUGGAAAUGCCACUUCUUCGUACUGGGCAUCGAAUGUGCGGGAUGAUCGUGAUGCUAAACUGCUGCGGACUGAGGAUGACAAAGCUGUACCUAUGCGAGGGCGUCGAAGCCCCUCUCAGCGGGGCAAGACAGGUAUGGAGCGCAGUACCCAACCUCGCUCUGCCCGUGCCCCUGGCAGUGCAGAGGACCUGACGUACUUGUCGCGCAUGGGCCCCGAGUCGGUGGGAAUGCCACACUCAUCGGCGUCCGCCUCGUCCAGCCGUGGCUCCGAUCAUGCCUAUCAUACUUACAGCGCUCCUGCUAAGGCUGCGCAGCAUGAGACCACACCCACAUCACAGCAGUCACAGACUUACGUGCCCAAGUAUCGCAAACGUAGUCGGGCUCCUGCGCCGGGUGUAUGCCACUCGUGUGGAAAUGAUGACACACCAGAAUGGCGUCGAGGCCCAGAUGGUGCACGUACUCUAUGCAAUGCUUGUGGCCUGCACUUUGCCAAGCUGGUUCGCCGCCGGACGAUGGAGUAUGCCAAUGCAGCACCUGGUGUGCCUAUUCCGCCUGUUACUAUUGCGGAGCUUCGUCAGUCGACGAAUGUGAAUACCAACUCACCUAGUGUAGCGCAGGCAGAUGAUGAGCGUGCUCGCAUUGCUGCAUCGCAUGCGGCUGCCGCUGCCACGGCCUCUACGCUUGCCCGUUCUGCACCGGAGACCACAAACACACCACGGGAUAGCGUCACUCCGUUGCCACCGCCAGCCCCAUCCACAACAGACCGGACUGAGCGCACAUCGGUGGCAUAA